AUGGACUCCUUCGGCAGCGGCGCAUCCUCCAACCUCGACCUCACCAAACUCUCGGACAGAGACAAGCAGGAGCUGCAGCAGUUCGUCGUCAACGAGUCGCAGAAGGCGAGGAUACAGCAGUCGAUACACUCCCUCACCGACAUCUGCUUCCGCAAGUGCAUCACCGGCAAGAUCUCUUCGGGCAAGCUCGACCGCUAUGAGGAGCCGUGCAUGCAGAAUUGUGUCGAUCGGUUCAUAGAUGCCAACAAUAUCAUUUUGAAGAAUCUGGAGAGUAUGCGGACGGCUGGAUCAUGA